UCUCGUUUCCAGCUACCGCUAAACCCCAUGGACGGGCGGUUUUGGGGGCGGAGGAGGAAGGGAGAGCGAGAGCAUCCGUCCAAAAGAGGCAAACUGGCAGAGGCAUCGUAACCAACGACUGGAACCCCCAGAACCUUCCGUAGAGUCGUCUUCCCCUCCCCUUUCUUUUUUUUUUUUUCCUUAUUUUCCAGCACCCUUCUUUCAAAACCCCCACCCCCUCUCUCUCUCUCUCCGCCAAUAAAGGCUUCCCUUUUCCCCUCAGAGACAGAGAGUCUCAGUCCCUCUCACUGUUUCAACUCCUGAACUUUUUAAUUAACGUGGUUCUUUGUUUCCUUUCCUUUCUCCCCUCUCGCCCUCUCUCGAAGUAGGUGUCGCUCUGACACAGGCAGACUCAGGUUUACCGGUGGCCAGGAAACCGCUUUUCUCUCAUUUUGUUUUAUUAUUUUCUUCAAUUUGGUAUUUCCUCUGGGAGUUGUUCUGCUGAAUGGCGAGUUCCGGGGGAGACGGGUUUGGGUUUGACGAGCAGCGGCUGUGCGGCGGGGGUCAUGGAGGCCUGGUGAUGGAGGAAGAGGGGCUUAUUUACGGGAAUGCCACGGAGGUGGCGGGCUUCCGCGCUUCGGGAAUGUGCGGCAGCGAGUCGUCGUCGACGACGACGACGUCGUCCAGCGGUGGCGGUCCAUCGGCUUCGUGGAGGGCGGAGAGCUGGGACGCUGGAGAGGCUGCAACCGAGCAGAAGGGGUGGGCAUCGAGCUUCAUCUCGGGCUGCUUGCCGGAGAACGGCGACGGUGGGAGGCGGCCUGUGGGUUCCAAGAAGGCCAGGACAGAGUCCGGUGGCACUUUGAAGGUAAGGAAGGAGAAGCUUAGUGAGAGAAUCACCGCUUUGCAGCAGCUUGUUUCUCCGUUUGGGAAGACGGAUACGGCCAGUGUUCUUCACGAGGCGAUGGGAUAUAUCAAAUUUCUUCAUGACCAAGUUCAGGUACUGAGCUCGCCUUAUCUGCAACCGAUACCUUCCGUUCACCCGAAGGAAGCACUCGACGGUGAAGGGCCUAACUACGAUCUGAGGAGCAGGGGCCUGUGCUUGGUGCCGGUCUCGUGCACGGUCCAUGUGGCCAGCAGCAACGGCGCAGAUUUCUGGGCUCCGGCGAUGACGAGGGAUAGGACCAACUCAUCCAAAGAUAAUCUUAUCCUUUAACUGGGGAAACCUCAGAGUGAACUCCACAAGCUUGCUGAAAAAUAUGGUGGCUGAUAUCUUUAGGAAGGUUGAGCAUGGCUUAUAUAAAUAUGAGAAAAUAUACUGAGUGCUUUGUUUAAUUUGUUGCUGCAGAAGCCUCAUCUGUCUCAAGAAUUUUCUAGCUGUUUUUCUUUUUGUUGGGUUUGCAAAUUGUAAUGGAGAUGUGUUUCUGACUUGGUGCAGCAGUUUAUUAAAAUCCAACGGUCUCCCAAUUAUAACAUUUUA